AUGACGAUCCCAUUUGGAGGGGAAAAGCCCACUCCCGAAAGAUGGUCAUGGAUUGAUCCAUCUGUCUUCAAGCUAAGGAGUGAAACAUUCCUCAGAGAUAAGAAGAAAUGUCCAGCUCCGAACUAUGCCGCGUACUACCCAAUAGGUGUUGACUUGUUUGCAAGCCCCAAGAAGGUUUCGCACAUCGCCGAACACAUUGAUCUUCCACAAGUCAAAUCACACGACAAGCUCCCAUCACUUUUGAUCGUCAACAUCCAGAUGCCUACCUAUCCUGCUGCUAUGUUCCUCGGGGACAGCGAUGGAGAAGGGUUCAGCCUUUGUUUGUACUUCAAAAUCUCAGAGUACUUUGACAAGGAGGUUUCAGAGCAUUUCAAGGAAUCCAUCAUGAGAUUUCUUGAGAAUGAAGGUGAGAAGGUGAAAGGGUUUGCAUCAGAAUCUACAAUGGCAUAUAGAGAUCGUUUGAAAAUCAUGGCUGGAUUGGUUAACCCAGAUGAUCUUCAGUUGAGUUCCACAGAGAAAAAGCUUGUCCAAGCAUACAAUGAGAAGCCAGUCCUCUCCCGCCCUCAGCAUAGUUUUUAUGAGGGUGAGAACUACUUUGAGGUAGAUCUUGAUAUACACCGGUUUAGCUACAUUGCAAGGAGGGGACUGGAAUCAUUUAGGGAACGCCUCAAGAGUGGCAUCCUUGAUUUGGGUUUGACAAUUCAGGCCCAAAAGCAAGAGGAACUCCCUGAGCAGGUCCUUUGUUGUGUUAGAUUGAACAAGAUAGACUUCGUCAAUCAUGGGCAAGUUCCAACGAUUGUCGCAUUCGAUGAUAAGUGAUAUACUGGAUUGUAGCGGCUGCCUUGUGCAAGUUGUUGGAAGGCUAGAUAUGAAGAUCUAGAGCAACAAAACAAAAAUCAAAAUUCCAUGAGAAUUAUGCACCUCACAUGUUCAUUUAUGCCUAAUAUAUUCGCUAUGUUGCCUGCUUUCAUAGGCAUGGAUAUUUUCUGAUAGAUAAAAUAUAUAACUGUAGCGGUGAAACAUGUGAACUUCUCUUGCUUCAGUACUGCUUUGGCAAGAUAAUUCUUAAACUGUUUUUGUAAUGAUGCAUAUGAUAUACUAUCUAGCAAAUAUUGGUUAGGCACAAUAUUUUCUUGUAAAACACUUCUGAUGUAGGAUGAAACCAUAGGUGGAGAUCUUAUUCACACUUGGAGGUGAGGAAGGAGAAAUCAAGAGUAGAAUCACAGGAGGAACACUUAAAGCAACAUCCAAGGUUACACAUCUACCAAUUCCACAUACAGAUACAAGAUUCAAGAUCCAAAUCCAACAAAAGGAAAUAGCAUAGGAUAGUUCUUCCCAAUCCUGAGAGGAAUUGAGAUCUUGUUGAUCGUCUUCUCCAAUCCCUAGGGGAGGAGGUCUAGAUAUCCACUUUGGGAUCUUCUCCUAAAGGAGGCCUUGAUCUCCAAAAGGAGAGGUAGAUAGGAGAAAAGUUCUCAAGAUCUCAUAAUAUGCUUUUCUAACCAUAUAAGGAGGAGGGGAAGGUCUAUUCAUAGCCUAGG